AUGAGCUUACCAAAACCUUCACGAUCCAACACAGGACAACUGCCGAAAAGCGUCAAGGUUCGGUCAACAUGUAAUGCUUGUCAACAGGCCAAAAUUCGGUGCAGCCAUGAGAAACCCUCUUGUCGCCGUUGUCAAAAGCACAAGAUCGACUGCGUAUACAGUGUUUCGCGGCGACUGGGCCGGCCCGCGAAAAAGAAGGAACGCAUGGUCAUGGAUGAGAUGAAUGGUAGCCCGACACAAGUCAUCCUCGAACAAGAUCGUGAAAAGAAAGCCCGCAAGCCCGCAAAGAAAAAGAUUCGUUCUCAGCAGCCGAUCGCUUCAACACGUUCUCGUGUCGGUAGACCGCCAGAGAACAGUCCAACAGACGAGCAGACCAUAGCAAAGAGCAGUGUAGACGAAUAUUCGGGUUUCGAACUGGAUAUUACGUCUGGGGACUGGCUCCAAGAGUUGAUGGCCACCCGAGUAAACGGAAAUACGAACAACAGCACUCUUACGGAUUAUAGAUAUGACGAUUUUGGCCUUGAAGAAUUUGAUGCCAUUUCGGAAUGUCUCAUGCAUUCAGAGCCUCUUGUCUUUAGUGGGUCGGCAGAUGGUCAACUCUCAAUACCAACUGGCUUCAAUUUCACCUCACCUCCUAUGCAAUUCGAAAACGAACUUAAUGUGUUCCAAAAUACACCUUCUUCAGAGCGCCUCGAGGCUUUGACUCUAGGAAACACAACCUCGAUACAGUGGCCCUAUGAUUAUACCCCCAGAAUGAAUCCGAUCCCCUUCUCAGACCCCUGGUCCGAGGAUAUAAUGGCGCCUAGUACGGGUAUCCUGAUCGAAACAGCGGAUAACGGCAACGGUUUACAGUCUCCAAGCUUCAAUCACAACGAGGUAUAUUCACCCCAGGACACCGAUUUUCCUGUUCUACUAGAAGCAGCGACAAACUUCAACUGUGGUUGCUACAAGCAAGUAAUCAGCGAACUGGUCAGGUUCGAACUCAAGACCGGACCAAACGGCUUCUCCAGCAUCGAUAGCAUUCUCGCAUGCCAAAAGGAACUAUUAUUGCAAACCGAGUCAAUUUUGCAAUGUAAACUGUGCUCCCAGUCCGAGGCCCAGGCUAAUGCACUCAUGGUGAUUAUCGUGAUUAUUGACAGUCUUCUCACCACGCUCGAUGUAUCUGCUACCUCUGGCAAACCCGUUUUAUUGGAGGCUGUCACAGAAUCUAAUGCACAGGUGGGUCGCAGACAGAAGGAUGUCGGAAAUUGUCUCAAAUCGCACAUCGAUACGUGUUCAUUGCUAGUGGGUGGGUUCCAGGUGCCUGUGGAAGAGAAGUCAUGUUUCAUUCGGCAGGUGUUACAGGCGAGGCUUUCCAUGCUUUUGAUAACGGUGAGACGAAUUCGAAUGUGCAUGCAGCAGCAGCUUGCGGCGGGGUUGUCGCGGGGUCGACUUCUGAUGAUUAUGGAGACGGAUAAGAGACUGCAGUUGAUUAUGAUGAAGAUAAAAAUGGCUGUUGGAUGA